GCUUUGGGGGCUCGAAUGUGAGGGGAGCGGCAGGCUGAACAGAUGGACAAAGACUGCCUGUUCGACAUAUUCUGCUAACCUCACGUUUUCCCUUCUGUGCUUGUCAUGGCGUUAACUGCAAUUCACGAGAUUCUUGAUUUCAAGGGACUAUUGCUCUUCGUGGUGGCUUUUCUUUUGGUGGCAGACUACCUGAAGAACAGAAACCCACCGAAUUACCCACCAAGCCCUUUCUCUCUUCCACUCCUAGGAAACAUCUUCAACAUGGACUCCAGAGAGCCACAUAUAUAUCUGACAAAGCUAGGCCAUGCCUACAACAAUAUCUUCAGUCUGCGAUUAGGAAGAGACAAAGUGGUUUUCAUUACUGGUUGUAAAAUGGUGAAGGAGGCCCUGGUGACUCAAGCUGAAAACUUUGUGGACCGGCCCUACAGUCCAUUGCUAGCACGAGUCUAUUCGGGCAAUGCUGGACUCUUCUUCAGUAAUGGUCAGAUGUGGAAGAAGCAGCGCCAUUUUGCUCUUUCAACACUGAGGAACUUUGGUUUGGGAAAGAAAACAAUGGAGCUGGAAACAUUCAAAUAGAGGGCUCCAUUUGGGGGCAGGUAAAUGAGUUAUUUUUCUUUUCUGAUAAUUGUCCUUUAUUCUUGGAAGCUGGUAUCUCUCAAUUUUGACCUUUUUCACAAUUCCAAAUUUAGAUAUAAACUCUACGGAGCCCCUAAAGGGACAUGGUGAUGGAUAAAAUAGAGACGGGAUGAAAAAUAUUUUUCAAUGCUUUUGCGUUCUCUCGCAAAACGUUGCAUUCCCUCGCAAACUUUGCAUUCGGUUUGCAGGGGAACGCAAACAUUUUGAGAGGGAAUACAAAGAUUUUGCGAGUGAACGCAAAGUUUAUUGAGGUAACGCAAAACUUUUGCAAGAGAACACAAAAGCACUGAAAUAUAUUUUGAAAUAUAUAUAUACUACCUUAUAUUUUUUUUAAUCACCAUGUCCCUUUAGGGGCUCCAUAAAACUUAGAAUUACAAGAUAUAAAGUUAGAAUUGUGAUAUAAACUUGCAAAUGCAAGAAAACAUUGAGAGUUUAUAUCACCCAAUCCUGACUUUUUUCCUCUGAAUUGUGAGAUAAAAAGUCACAAUUAGCUAUUUUACUACCAAAAAUUGGAAAAAGGACUAAUUUUAGGAUAAAGUGCCCAAGAAGGCCCUAAAAACCAACAAGAUUGCCUUUGAUAAAUCUAUCCAAUCACCCAUCAUUAAUCGUGGUCAUGCAGCAGUAGUACAGACCCUUG